AUGGACGGGGUUGGCGUUGGCCGUGGCGUUGCUGUGGGUGGUGAGGCGGAUGUUGUUGUGGCUACUGCAGCCAUCGAGGAGAUUGCCGCUGCGGAGGCGGCGUGCAAUCGCAAGGUGGUUUUGCCGUACGAUGCCACACUGCAGGCGCGUCUCAUUGGCAAACGCGGUGCGAACGUCCACCGUAUUGAAUUGGCGAGUGGCGCCUGUUUGGACGUUGCACGGGGCGUAGUGACUUUGCGCGGGAUGCAGGCGUCUGUGGCGGCGGUGCAGGAGUUAGUGGAACGCUUCCUCGGCAACCAGCACCGCGCGGAGCUGUAUCGCGUCAUUGGGUAG